AUGAAGCUACCAACAUCAGCCACCGUGUUACUCGCCGUCCUCCUCCUCCUCCUCGUGGCCACCACAACGGCGGAUGUGCCGCCGCCAACUGCCGGAGUCCCAAAGAUUUGCCAGACGAGGUGUAGCGGCCGGUGCUCGAAGGCCGGCCGCCACGACCGUUGCCUGAGCGUGUGUUACUCAUGUUGUAAACAGUGUAAAGAUCAUUGCGUGCCGUCGGGGACUUCUGGCCACAAGGAAGAGUGCCCUUGCUAUAACAACUUGAAAACCAAAAAGGGUAUACCCAAGUGCCCUUGA